UGUAGCUUAUGGGGCACGAACACUUCCAGCAAUUAUGGCGGGUGAUGGAGACGACGCCGUGUACGCGUCCAUCUUGGCGCAAGUGGAGCCUUCAGAGCUGCACAACCAGCUGCAUAAGGUGGUGCGGAAGGAGUACAAAUCAAUUAACCGCUUAGUACGUCACGCAUCGUCGUCAUUGACAGCACUGCGGCAGCUGCAGGCGGCGUCGGAGCAUUUGAGACCGCACGGUGACUGGCUGCCCACGACGAUGCAGACGCAGCUCAAAAGUAUCGAGGAACUGCAGAGCAGGUUGGAGACUGCGAUAGAUCUCUUAGAGAUGGAUGUUAGCGACAGGAGAACGAAGAAGAGGAAGCGACCUCAUACCAAAAAGACAGUUGAAGCGGACGAGGAGGACGAGGAGGUUGUCGUGGUGGACGUUAGAGGACCAUUAUCAAAGAAAGAAGAUGUGGACCGUAGUAGUGAGUUGGAAUCGGUGGAUAGAGGCGAUACAACAGCGCUGGAACAGGAGGAGGGGUCGGACGUUGAGUGCUUAGAAGCGGUGGAUCUUGCUAAGAAGAGAACGGAGGACGAUACAGAUAUUCGAGCAAGAAGCAGUGAGAAGUCUAUUGCGAAUGGAGAGACAACAGAGCAACGAGCUGAAAAGCCAAUACAGGAGCAGCAGGAGACGGAAGAUUAUGAUGUGGAGAUUGUUGAGAUGCUGGAGGUUGACCAAAGGAGAGCUGGAACUGAUGGAGGUGGUGUAUCGGAUAAUGCGAAAGAGCAAAGUGAGAGUCGAGUGGGAAGUGUAGAAGACAUGGUGAGUGAAAGUGAAGAGUUACCGUGCGGUUUGGUGAGGAUAACUCAUGACGCAGAGGUGCGUAUCAAAGAGGAGCCGAUGACGUUAGCUGAUGAUCAGAUUCAAGAAACGAGCAGUCCCGCUAAUGUCAUAUACGAUACGGGACCACAUGAUACGGUAGAAUCUCCUAUCGAGUUGGAAGUAUUAGAGUCGUCGGACUCUGAGCAUUCGGCAAUGGACAUGUCAGAUUUGGCAGAGUUGGCGAUCGAGUUGGAUGUACCGGACUCUGAUUCCGAGGACGAUUUCACCCCUUGUAUGGAAUUGGUGGCAAAGCUGAAGGACGCAAAUACUACAGAUCAGUUAGCCAAGUUUCCGGUAGUUGUGGAACGCUUAAGAUCCUAUUUGGUCGAUCAUAAGCACCUGACAGUGACCGAGCUGGAUGGGUAUUUAUUUGCGCACAAGCACAUCACAGAGGAGGAAGCGGAUGAAAUCGGACGUGCGAUCGAGAUUAUUAUUUGUAUGGGCAUGGCAUUACCCCUAAGACCGAAGAUUCGUCGAGCGCUGUCUGACUUAUUAGCGGUCGUUCAACAGCUUGAGUGCAUGCUGGGUGAACUGCCCGUAUUUCUGCGUCCAGUCGUUGAGAAUUUCUCCAGCUAUCUCUAAUCCCAAGUCGACGAGAACGUCGACAGUGGGCCUCCUGUCGAUGUCCUUUAUUGAUCCCCCCCCCCUUCAUCCUCCAAAUACGCGACAUUGACAAGAAGAAUGGCAACUCAAAGUUUAGCCGAGUACAAUUCAGUAUCACUCUAGGGUACCCGUGUCCAGUCUGACUUCCACGUCGGUUAAACCGAAGUCCAAUCCGCUUCUCAUUCCAGGUACCUUUUUGACCCAGAUCUAUACAACUAUAUUAUCGAGGCUGUCAGCCCGAAAUUGAAUGAGCCAGGUAAACUUUGUGUAGCUAUGUUAUUUACUCGCAAUUUAGACAUCCGGAGUGCCGAUCACAAUACAAACAAGUUCUUAAACGUUUUACUAAAACCUUCACAUCAACUACAUCAUUAACUAAAUCACA